AUGACUGGUACACUCGGCCAUCUGUCGGGAAGUAACGAGCCGAUUCAGACCCAAAAGGCCAACGAGGCCCAAAGGGUCAACAGCAGUAAGCAUGGAAAGAGCCAUGAAUCGUUAUUGUCAUUACAAGGUGUCAAAUGUGGAGGAAUCCUCUCUGCACCAUCUGGCAAUAUCUCCAGUCCAAACUUCCCUGGCCGGUAUCCCUACAACAUUGACUGCUCCUGGCUUAUCGUUGUGGCUGAGGGCUCCUCCGUCCUCCUGACCUUUCACCACUUUGAGCUGGAGUACCAUGCCAACUGUGCUUACGACAACAUCAAGAUCUACAAUGGCAUACCUGAGGAUGAGGGGAACCUCCUUGGGACAUUUUGUGGUGACAUCUCCCCUCCACAGUUCACCUCUUCUUGGAAUGUUAUGUCCAUCCUCUUCCAUUCAGACCGCCAUGUGGUCUACAGGGGCUUCAGCGUUGGCUACAGGAAAGAUAUGUGCGGUGGAGUCUUAACUGGCAUAUCGGGUGUAAUCUCCAGUCCAGGCUACCCUCAGGAGUACAGCAACAAUGCUGACUGCUCUUGGGCCAUCCACGUGUCCAACACCAGUGUGGUCACUUUGGUCUUCUUGGACUUCCAGCUGGAAAACAACGAGGGAUGUAAUUUUGACUUUGUUGCCUUGUUUGAUGGCCCGACAGUCACCCAUCGCCUCCUGGGUAAAUACUGCGGGGCGGACAAACCCUCCAACAUAGUCACCACGUCCAACCAACUUCUGGUGAUCUUCAAGUCCGACUUCAACAUUGGUGGACGUGGGUUCAAGGCCUACUAUUACUCAGGUGAAUGCCAGCAGGUCCUGUCAGCCGUGAAUGGAAACCUCAGCAGCCCUUAUUUCCCAAACAUCUACCCAAACAACGUCAACUGCCACUGGAGCAUCACUCUCGCAGCCGGGUACCGCAUCAAACUCUUUUUCCCCGUCAUGGACUUGGAAGAUCGCAACAGUCUGUCAGACCAGUGUGAUUACGACUCUGUUGCAGUUUAUGACGGGGACCGUCAGACAGACACCCUGCUGGGCCGCUGGUGUGGCAGCGAGCAACCUCCCUUUCUCGUCUCAAAGGGCAACAAGUUGCUGGUGGUCCUCAGCACAGACAGAAAUGAGGCUCAUAGAGGGUUCACUGCUUCUUAUCUUGGAGUGGUACCUGUAAAUGUUAGCUGCACAAGAUCAGAAUUCACCAUUUUGAUACCACAGAAGUCCUUACCUCAGCUGGGCCGUGAGAGCAUCUACCUGGGAGACCCAACCUGUGCAGCCCAGUUGACAGCAACCUCAUAUAAGAUACUUGCUCAGUUUCUCAACUGUGGUACUGCUGGCCAGAAACACCGGAACAUCACAGUGCUGGUAAACAAACUCUACAUUGAUUUCUCUGAUGGGAAGCUGCAGAACGUGCAGGAAUAUAGAGUGCAGUGUGACGCCCUGCGGAAGAUAGCAUCAGUGUCCAUCAUUUCGGCAGAGGAGCGACGCCUCGAGGAGCAGGCCCAGCAAACGGACAAAGGCAGCAUUGACGAUGCAGGGGGUCCGGAAGCUGUGCCUCAUGACCUGAGCGACAUUGUCUUCAUUAGCAUCUGUGUUUUGGCUGUUAUUCUCAUGGUGAUAGCUAUUGUUUGGCUGGUGCUGCUUUAG